CCGUCACGGUGCCCCAAUUCUUCCUCCGUGCCCAUCUCGAUCACGAAAUUGAAGCCUUAGUACCAUGGUUAGUUCAGAGCCAUCGAAUUCUUCAUCAUGCCAGAAAGGACGGUAGCCAAGCGAACGCGCUUGGAGGAUGAUGCAGUAUCGCUCACGUCGAUCCAGAGCGAGGAGUACGAUUCGUCUCAAGAUUUUAACGUCGAUGACGUUCUAGCCGAGAAGACUGAGCGUGGCAGGAAAAUGUUCUUGCUAUCUUGGACAGGCUAUCCAGAAGAGAAGUCAACAUGGGCACCGAGAAAGAAUAUUAGCGCUGAGAUAUUGGAGAGUUGGAAGGAAAAGAAGAAGCGACAAGAGAAAAAUAUCGAGAAGCCUUUUGAUAUAGUUGGGUUCGAAGCUAGAUUGAAGAGACUAGCUGCAGAAAAGGAAGACCGCCACAGACGCCGCAAGGCAAAGAGGAGACGAUUGGGAAUGCAGGUUUCAGAAUCUGAGAGUCAAGAGCGGCCAUUCGCUUGCCGCCAUCCCGGCUGUAGGAAGGUAUUUAAACGGAGACCCGACCUAAGAUCUCAUCAAAAGGCACAUUCUAAAGAGCGACCAUUCACUUGUCGCAAGCCAGGCGGGGGGAAGAAAUUUAAACGGAGACCCGACCUAAGAUCUCAUCAAAAGGCACAUUCUAAAGAGCGACCAUUCACUUGUCUUCAUCCCGGCUGUGGGAAGCCAUUUAAACGGAGAACCGACCUAACACAACAUGGACGUGUACAUUCUGAAGAGACACCAUUUCCUUGUCCCAGUUGUCCGAAGAAAUUCAAGUCGUCCACCGCUCUGGCUUCGCAUCGUAAAGAGCGACCAUUCACUUGUCCUCACGACCGCUGUGGGAAGACUUAUAUGCGGUUUGGACAACUAACGAUACAUAUACGUACACAUACUAGAGAGACACCAUUUCCUUGUCCCAGUUGUCCGAAGAAAUUCAAGUCGUCCACCGCUCUGGCUUCGCAUCGAAUUUCGCAUUCUAAAAAGCAACGCUGGGCUUGUCCUCACGAUGGCUGUGGGAAGACUUAUAUGCGGUCUGGACCACUAACGAUACAUAUACGUACACAUACUGGAGAGACACCAUAUCCUUGUCGCUAUUGUCCGAAGAAAUUUAAAGGGUCAGGCGCCCAGAAGAACCAUGAACGUGUACACUCUAAGAAGCGACCAUAUGCUUGUCCAAAGAUCCGCGGACAACACCCGGCGUACAACUGCCUCCACUGUGCAAUGGCAUUCGCUUCGUCCGAUGAGUUAAAGGACCAUGAUUGUUCCGGAUCAAAAGAUUAUAUUUGUUUCGACUGCGGAGCGGCAUUUCCUAAUUCUCGCCCACUAUCGACGCACCAGCGUCGUCAUACAAGAGGCAAGUCACAACAGAAGCAGCCAACCACCUCAGGCAGAAUGCGGCGAGGUGAAUGGUACCGAAAGCUCGAGGAGUAUCUGGGAGGAUGGGAAGGAAGGUGUGCAUUCUGUUCCAUGCACAACUUAAGGGGUACCGGCCAUUCUAUGAAUGGGUGCUUGGAGGAGGGAAUAGAAAGGGUACGGGACAGGUGUACACGUUUACAAAGGGAAUUGCCGAAGAAGGGCUAUCAAGGAUGUCAUCUUUGUUACCUGCCACUGAGAAUCUGUGAUCAUUGGGAAUUUGGGGGAGAUGAGACAGGGUGGAGAGAGAGCGAGAUAGAGGUCUGUCAAUUUUCAGGACUCGUCAACCCCGUGAUUGCGACUCUUUUAGAGCAGAAUGAGGCGGGAAGCAUUAGCACUUUAUUUGAUCUGGUGGAUCUAAGGGACGACUUAAACCAGACAAGCGAAGCCAUAUAUGGAUGGUUAAGACGACGGUGGGGAGAGACUGAAGCGAGUUGGAAUAUCCAGCUCUUUUUCAGAAUCUCAGCUUGUCUUAACGUUAAGAAAACGGCAGACACAACUACAACGCUACCAAACCCUGAUAAUACUCUAUCUGGCGAAGAUGUCAUAGAUCCUUGGCUUUUGGCCUUGGAAGAUGACAAUAGAGGCAUUCGAAACCAAUCCCGAAGACCCUAUGCUGAGGAAUCUAGCUCUAGCAGAACUCGAGGACCUUCACAUGAAGCUGUGCUAUCGUCUGAGGCACAGCAACCAGUCUGCCAACAAUCAAAUCAUCUGAAUACUGUUGUGAGGGACGGAAAAGCUAUGGUGAAGAGAAGGGCGGGGAAGAGACCUGCAUACGAGCCUCUGUGGGAUUUAUCCGGAGAAGUUCCGAUGAACCACGCGGCUAGGGAAGUUGUACGACUGAGAACUCUGACCGCCGAAGAUGAAGAGGAAGAUGAGGGAGGAGACAUUCGGCCCGUAAAGCGUCGGAAGUCGAAUAUGAGGUGA